AUGGAUGCAGCGAAUUCGUCGCUUCCACCAAUAUUUCUCAUGUAUUGUUUCAUCUCUGCUGCCUUUGCGAUUCUUGCCUGUAACAGGGCAUCAUCAACCCUUCUCCAUCUAAGCAAUUCUACCGAUGAGGCUGCGCUUCUGUCCUUCAAAUUCGCCAUUGCAAGCGAUCCUCAGGAUGCACUGUCAAACUGGAACGCCACCAACUCCUUCUGCAAUUGGAGUGGAGUUUCAUGUGGUGGUCGUAGACAAAGAGUCGUAGCCCUGAACCUCACCGGCAUGUCGUUGGCGGGCACUCUUUCUCCAAACGUCGCCAAUCUAUCUUUCUUACGUGCUCUUGAUCUGGCUUCCAACAGUUUCUAUGGCAGCCUUCUUGUAGAUUUCAGCCGCCUAACCCGCUUAGAAUAUCUUCGGUUGGCGGGAAACCAGUUUGAAGGCCUGAUCCCCCAAAGCUUGAGCUUCUGUCUUCGGCUACAGACGAUUUCAAUGGGAAGAAACCGAUUCCAUGGGGACAUCCCCACAUCAUUAGGCAGUCUGGAGGGACUCAUGACCCUGCUUCUUAGCCGCAACAAUUUCACCGGCACCAUUCCGGUUGCCUUUGCCAACCUUUCCAAAUUGGAGACACUUGAUCUUGCUUAUAACAGCCUACGGGGGAGCAUUCCAGCCGAGAUGGGGAGCCUGGCCCGCCUGAGAUGGUUUGCUGCAGAACAGAACAAUCUCACAGGUACAGUGCCUGUGACCAUUUUUAACUCCUCUUCUCUUCAGGCUAUAAGCUUGACUAACAAUCGGUUGGAGGGUUUUCUCCCUAAAGAUAUCGGCCUACUGCUGCCUAAUAUCCAGAUCUUCUACAUAGCAAUCAACAGCUUUCAUGGCGUAAUACCAGCUUCCCUUUCUAAUGCUACAAGACUCAGAAGUUUUGAUCUGGGUACCAAUAAUUUUGGAGGUCCAAUACCCUCGGAAUUAGGCAGUCUCCAAGGUCUCAGAACCAUUUAUCUUGCUGAGAAUAUGCUUGUUAAUGCCCCCAACAGCCGUGAAGUCUCCAUCCUUGCAUCAUUGACCAAGUGCCCUGUGUUGGAAGAGGUUGAGCUCUCGGGCAACCCUCUAACUGGUAUGCUUCCCGCAUCCAUUGGGAACCUGUCAAGCAGCUUAACGCGGCUCAACAUUUUCUCCAACCAGAUUGAAGGUACCAUUCCUUCAAGCAUAUCUAAUUUGACCAACUUGAUAUACUUCAAUAUGUUUGACAACAGAAUUAGUGGGGUCAUCCCACCAAGCAUUGGAGCUCUAGGAAGGCUGCAAUAUUUGCAUCUAUCCAAGAACAUGUUAGAAGGACCCCUGCCACCUCAACUUUACCAGCUGGUCAACUUGGGUGUUCUUUUCAUCAGCAGAAAUAAGAUUUCUGGACCAAUUUCAAGCUCCAUAAAGAAUAUUACCAGAUUGCAAAAGCUAUACCUGUACUCUAAUCUUCUGUCUUCAGCAAUCCCUGCAAGUCUUUGGGAUUUGAAGGAUUUGGAAUUUCUAUAUCUGCGAGAAAACUCCUUCACGGGUCCUCUUCCUCUGGAGGUUGGAAACCUUCCAGUACUAAACGAAAUGGACUUGUCUGCAAACAAAUUAUCUGGCAGCUUGCCUGUUUCAUUAUCAAAACUCCAGAUGCUUCAUUACCUAAAUGUUUCCAGCAAUUCAUUGGAAGGCCACAUUCCCGAGGAACUUGGUGGCAUGGUGAACAUCCAGCUUCUCGACCUUUCUUACAAUUCUUUCACUGGCACCAUCCCAAAGAGAGAUACCAAGUGGUGGCAUUUUCUCAAACAUUUCUAG